AUGAGUAACAACCUGCGAUUCCUGGACCGUAGUGACCCCAUCCUCAAAAAUGGGGCCUGGUGCCUUCAAAAUGGGGUUUCGUUUGGAAUGUCAUGGCCAAAAGGUCUCUACUUUACAAAUCAGACAUUUGUGAUUGAAGAUGGCGUCAAUCGAUGGCCUCUAGACUCCCGAGAGGGUGCAUAUUGGGCUGAUGGAUCUCUCAAAUGGACCGCUCAUUCGGUCUCCGGCGAUGUUGGCUUUAGUGAAGAGUACACGGUAAAAGGCGCGCCACACCCAACGGAGAUUCCACGAGGCAUGAAAGUCGAGCAACAAGGUUCCAGUCUCGUGGUGACUACCCAGGGGGGACUGGUCUUGAAAUUUGCAGCUCAAGGUAGUCAAUCGAUUCUGGAGAGUCUUACACUCAAUGGACGAUCGCUUUGCUCAAAUGCCACGGUUAUCGCAUCUAUCAACAGGAAAGAUUACACGACGCGCGUGGAUGCGGUGGGAGUUGAAAAUAUCACCUUCAGCAGGGCCGUGAUCAAAGUUACUGGUGUGGUAGAGGCCACUGUCUCUCAUCUCCCCUUUGACGUGCGAUUCUAUAUUCAUUCCAAUGCCUCAUCUGUCAAGAUUAUUCACUCCUUCAUCCACGACCUCGAUGCCAAUGAACCUUUGACUUCACUUGGACUGCAGUUCGUUGUUCCCCUUGCAGAGACCGAGCUUUACAACCGUCAUGUCCGUAUAGGGGGACCAUGGGACGGGGGUAUUCUAAAAGAAGAAGUCAAAGGAUUAACUGGACUGCGCCAUGGCCCCACAACCCAAAAUCGAAUCGACCAAGCCGCUGGGAAACCAGUCAACUUGGUUGAAAGGGAGUGGACUCGGACAAAUUUAGCCAAGGGACUAUCAUACAUUCCAGCCUGGGAAUCGUAUUCACUUUCUCAACUUUCAUCCGAUGGUUUCACAAUCAAGAAACGCACCAAGCCAGGCUGCUCCUGGGUCAAAGUUAACGGAGGGAGAAGAGCGGAUGGAACCGCCUACAUUGGAUCAGCUCAAUACGGUGGACUGGCAGUGGGAAUGUCUGACUUUUGGGAGCGCUAUCCCACGCAGUUGGAUCUAAGCGACUUGGCGUCCGACCAAGGCAAAGUCACAAUUUGGCUAUACUCGCCACUCGCUGAGCCUCUAGAAACGGGACCAUACCACGGUGGACUUGGAAUGGAUACAUACGAGAAACAACUGGAGGGUCUUAAUGUAACGUAUGAGGAUUUCGAGCUUGGAUUCGCCUCUGCAAAAGGCAUUGGAAGAACAAACCAAUUUUUUCUCAGACCAUUUACCUCGACACCUUCAAUUGAAGAACUUAGUCAGUUUUCAUCACUGGUUCGAAAUCCACCGCGUCUAGUGGCUACGUCAGAGCAUCUACAUUCCACUGGUGCAUUCUACGGGUGUUGGGCUCCUUGCACACGAAUUUUACGCUGUGAGCCUAACUAUCGAGAGAAUGAGAUCGAGAAGAAUCUUGAAAUUUUGUUCAAUUUCUAUCAAGGCCAAAUUGAACAUAAUAGAUGGUACGGUUUCUGGGAUCAUGGAGAUGUUCAACAUACCUACGAUGCAUUUCGAAAUGCCUGGCGAUAUGAUGUCGGUGGUUUUGCUUGGGACAACUCUGAGCUUUCCACCGACUUGUGGCUCUGGCUAUACUUUCUACACAGCGGAAAAGGUGACGUGUUUCGGAUGGCCGAGUCUAUGACGAGACAUACCGGCGAAGUUGAUGUGUAUCAUACGGGCAAGUUCAAAGGGUUUGGAACUCGCCAUGGUGUCCAGCACUUCAGUGAUAGCUCGAAGCAACUCCGCAUUUCCAAUGUGUUAUACCGGCGCAUUUAUUUCUACCUCACAGGGGAUGAGCGUACCGGUGAUCUCAUUUCAGAGCUUCAAGAAUGCCAAAAUGCUCUCUUGACAUUGGAUUCGCACCGAAAAGUCCAGGAACACGCAGGUAUACCGGAAGGAUUCGCCAUGACAAACAUCGGUCUCGAUUGCGGCCCUCUCGCCGCGGCUUGGCUGACUUCAUGGGAGCGACGAUCAGAGGGAUGGGCUCAUUCCAGAGACCUUUUGAUCAGGCUCAUGAAUGGAAUCUCCGAGCUCAAACACGGCAUGGCAAACAAUGCUGUUUUAUUGAAUCCUAGCAGCGGCGAAAUACGAGAAUGCCCGCCUCCUACUCCAGAGUGGGCGAUCUCUCAUCUGUCCAUGCUAUUUGGGUUUCCCGAAGUCUUCUCGGAGUUGUUCCUUUACGCUCGAAGUGAAUAUCCAGAAACGGUGGAGCGGUUCAUGAAGGUCUGGCUGCGUUACUGUCGGGCAUACAAUGGAGGUGCCGAUGUUCAACGGGAAGAGUUUGGCUUUGAGUUUCCAUCUCACGCGACAUGGCGACAGAGUCAUUCCACUCUCACGGCAUUUGCGGCGAUAGAGCAGAAUUGUCAUGGUCUUGGUCAAGCAGCUUGGGAGCAGUUCUUUACUACUGAUGGUUAUACGAUUGACUAUGAUUGGGGUCAUUAUAAGGCUCUCAUCAGUGGAAAACAAAUUACUGGCAGAGAGGUAGUCUUGCUGUCCACAAAUGAGGCAGCUCGUUACGGUGUAUCUGCUAUCUCCAAUCUUGCAACCAUCCGGAGGUACCUUGAGAAUUAA